UGGACAUUGUCGAAUAGAUUCGGCCAGUGCGAGCAACAUAGGAGCUAGAGGGGUCACGCCAUCAAGCAGAGCAUAUGUCUUCUUCAAGGUCUCGGAUCGAGCCAAGGUUCUCUCGAGCAGCCCCGACCACCAGUCAUGCUCGAGGGGUAAGUUGGGAUCGCCACGGAAACAAGGGGGCACAUUGGGUAAUGAAUCCCAUAUAGUCCCCAGGUCAAGCUGCUCGAAGUCAUCCUCGGCGUUCUACUCGCUUGCUUUCUGUAGGGCAAACUGGAAACAGUCUACCCCAAAGUCCUGCACCUCUUUCAAGAAUUGUGGCGACUGCAUGAAGUCAGCAACCACUUAUACAUGUUUCUAUCGGCAUCCACGUAGCGUUUACGUUGAUGGGCGUGGGCAGCCCUCUCUGUGGCCAAGGUGGCCUCCAGCUCGGCUCGAGCAGCCUCUGCUUGCGCUCGAGCAGCCUCCGCCUGAGCUCGAGCAGCUCGCUCCUGCUCGAGCGCCACCUCUUUUUCCUUUAAAGUGGUCUCCUUCUCCGCCACGGCCACCUCCUUCACUGCGAGGGCGCCAUCCUUCUUCACAUGAGCUUUGUCAUUUUAACGAGCUCUCCAUCAAGAGAGGCAAUCUUGGCUUUGAGCUCGGCUUUUUGCUCUUUUUGCAUCUCGCGGAGCUUGGUUUGGUGAUGCAGGAGGGACGCAUUCUUGUCUUGAAGAGAGUCGUUGACGUCCUGCAGUUUCUUGAUAGACGUCCUAGAGGUAUCACGGGCAUCCUUGGCCAAAG